UGUCCUCCAGCAAUGGCCAAAGCAUUAGGUUACACUCUGUGUUUAUUUCCCCUUGGAUUUAGCUUCAUAAGUGCAGCUACGUAUUUGGUUUUUAGAGAACUCAGGCGUUUGUUCCUCGCCUAUCGCGUCCCCCAACGUAGGCUAUUUGCCCUCCAGUACUGUUUGGGUCUCAUCGCAUCAUUGUAUUACGCCACUACUUUGUCGGAGGUAUCACAUGGAUGAAUAGGGGCACGGAAUGGCGGGUAGAGAUAAAGGAAAACCCCCAUCAUCUGACACUCCUUUCCUGAGCUUGCGGAUUGUCUCUUCUCCCAGUUUCAGGCUGACCCAUGACAUCGGUUUGGAUGAGUUUGAAGAUGAAGACCUGUCUGAGCUCACGGAGAUCACUGAUGACUGUGGGAUGAGCCUCAACUGCAACGGAAUGGACAUCAAGGGUCAGGUGACGCGGCGGGCCAAUCGCGGGCUGGGGAAGGCGGAGGGGCGGGCCCCCGGCAGGCUGCAGGCGGAGGCGCCUCACUCGGACCCGACCGACGCGGCGGGAGAGAGUCGCGACCGUCCAGCCGCGCCGCCCGCCAGGGAGCCCCCCGCCGAGGAGCCCGCUCCGGUUGCCAUGGAUACCUACCGGCCCAAGAGACCCACCACCCUCAACCUCUUCCCGCAGGUGCCUCGAACUCAGGACACGUUGAACAACAACUCCUUUGGUAAGAAGUACAGCUGGCAGGAGAAGGUCUCGUGUUCUUCCUCGCCUCUUAAAACAGGGGAGCUCACGCCAGCCCACGUGUGUCUGAGCGACGAGGACAAGGUCCAGCAUGGCGUGGGGGCCCAGACCAAAGACAGGGGCACCUCCAUGGACCCCUCGUGCCAGAAGGGCUCAAAGACGCGGGACGGGCCCGCCCAGGCCCGAGCCCCGCCCCCGCAGACUCAGGGCCCGCCCCCGUACACCCAAGCCCCGCCCCCGGGGGAGGGGCACCGCGAGCGCAUCCGCUACCACCCCGCCGACGUGCGGCUGGAGCCCACCGAGGAGAUCUACCUGACGCCCGUGCGGCGGGACCCCCCCCCGGCCUCGCGGAGCGGGGACGGCGGCCGCGCGUCCGUCGGCUCGGACCCCGAGGGGCCCCCCCCUCCUUACCGGCCCCUCCCCGACCGGACACGCCGCUCCGUCGGCGAGGAGGGCGAGGCGUACGCCCCCGCCCCCGUCCCCGCCCCGGACCCGGACGCGACCGGCGGGGGGGCGCGCGACGGGGUCCCCCCGGGGGCCCCGCGGACUUCGGCGGGCUCGGAGGCCAGCGGCCUCUCCUACGACUCGGUCAAGUACACCCUGGUGGUGGACGAGCACGCCCAGCUGGAGCUGGUCAGCCUGCGGCAGUGCUACCGGGGCUACAGCGACGACAGCGACUCGGCCACCGUCUACGACAACUGCGUCUCCUCCCCCUACGAGUCGGCUGUGGACGAGGAGGAGGAGGAGGAGGAGCGGGAGGAGGGGGAAGGGGGGAGCCGGAGGAAGGCGAGGCGGGUUCCCGCCCGCCCGUCGGAGGACUCCAGCCCCGAGGCCGACCUGCCGUUUUCACGAAGGUUCCUCAACAUCUUCAUGAACGCUCGCUCGCGUUCUUCCAGUGCGGAGUCCUUCGGCCUGUUCUCCUGCGUCAUAAACGGAGAGGAGGUGGAACAGAGCCACCGAGCUGUGUUCAGGUUCGUCCCGCGGCACGCCGACGAGCUGGCGCUGGAGACGGACGACCCGCUGCUGGUGGAGGCGCAGGCCGAGGACUUCUGGUGCGAGGGCUACAACAUGCGAACCGGCGGCCACGGCGUCUUCCCCGCCUACUACGCCCUGGAGGUCGUCAAGGAGCCCGACCUCUUCAAAGAAAAGAGCACCAAGUGGGUAGAAAAGUUUCGGGUGAAAUUCCUGGGCUCUGUUCAAGUGCCGUAUCACAAAGGGAAUGACGUUCUCUGCGCAGCUAUGCAAAAGAUCGCCACCAACAGAAGGAUGACCGUGCAGUUCAACCCCCCGGCCUCCUGCGUACUCGAAAUCAGCAUCAAAGGCGUGAAAAUAGCAGUCCAGGACGAGUACAGCUCUUUUGACAGAGGAAAUAAAUGCAGUCAUUUCUUCCAGCUUAAGAAUAUCUCCUUCUGUGGUUAUCAUCCAAAGAACAACAAGUACUUUGGGUUCAUCACGAAGCACCCUGCUGACCAGAGGUUUGCUUGCCAUGUCUUUGUUGCUGAGGACUCCACCAAACCUCUGGCAGAGUCUGUAGGGAGAGCCUUCAAACUUUUCUACAAGGAAUUUGUGGACUACACGUGCCCCACAGAAGACAUCUACCUUGAGUAGCCCGUCUCGCCCUGCUCAGUGUCCUUGUACAGUGUUGUGUUUUACUCCAUGUUGCAUGAUGGUGGGGGAAAAAAGAAGAAAACCAAUCCGUUGGAGAAAGAGAGAAAAAGGUCUGCUUCGGGCUGCAAAAUUUUCUUGGAAAAAAAGAAAAUAAAAUAUAUAAUCAGGCAAAAAAAAAAAAACAUGUACAGGGGUUUUGAUAGUGUAUUCAUUUAUCAAGGUGUGCUUCCAAUUAUCCAAUCUCUCACCUAAAAGCACAAUUUUAAGUGCAAUUUUUAGUGUUGUGUACACUUCACAGAGUCAACAUGGAAGACGCUUAAGACAUAUAUAUUUUUGUGAUGUCGUAUUUAAGAGAAAUACACUAUCAAUUCCAUGGUGCUCUGUUGUAAAAAAAUUAAAUAAAUAAAAGUAAUUAUAUAGCUAAAUAUGGAGGCCACACAUUUUUAAUACAAUGUAGGUCAAAUAUUUAUGGCAAAACGGCGAUGUGAGAUUAUCAGGUUACAACAGAGAGGGAAACUGUGUUUGCACAGGGACAUAGACCAAAAUGUGUGUUUGAUUUGUUUCCCCACCCCAACAUUCAAAUUAUUAUUAUUAUUAUUAUUAUUAUUAUUAUUAUUAUUAUUAUUAUUAUUAUUAUUAUUUUAAUUUUAUUUAAAGAAACUGCAAACAGUUUUUGUCAAGAACAGUUGAGGAAGGUCCAAAAAACAUUAUCCUUUGCAAAAACGUUAUCUGGGGGAAAUGAUGUUUGUAUGAAAAAGUUUGGGGAUAAAAUCGAUCCUUUAAAGAGCACACACUGUCAACGUCUUGACAGAUUUGAAAAUUAAUCUAUAAGCGACUCACACGUGUUUUACACUGUUGUGUCGGUAACAGUGCCAGUCCCGGCGAACACAUUCCAGGACCAGUGGGUGUAUACGCGACAUCAUUAAAGCAGGCCAUGUCAGUUAACAUCCGCCAUCCUCGAACCAUAAUGAAAAUCAUAGAUACAUACAGCUAGAUUCAUAUUCAUUCUAUUUGCAGAUCCGUACGCCUGAACUAACUCUGUAUUAUUGACAGUGGGGGAGUGCGGGAAUGGGGAUAGUUAUAUAUUGUAAACCAUGUGAAGCUUUUGCUUCAUUGACGAUUAUUUUUUCUUACACUGGAGUCGUUAUAAUCUAUUUUUUGCUGCUUCAUAAAUGUACCGUAGCAUGCCCCGCGUUGCAUAUUUGCACUGUGGGUGAGCGGAGAGGAAAAGCAGGCGACUGAGUUGUGAACGUUAUUUUCGUCCCAUAUCGAUAGGCAGACGCGGAACUCUUCAGCUUAAUCCGACGUGUUUCAUUUUCUUUCCCCCGAUAUCGCAGUGAUCUUGAGAACGCAAAUUAUUCAGGAAUCUGUAGUGUGCUCAAGAUUAUUAUCACAUUGCAGGGAACAGAAGGGCUAGCAUUGUCAGCAAAUGCACGAUCACCCAGCUGAAACAAAUCUGUAACCACUUACCCUUUACUUGUUCUGAAGGGACAUUUUCCACAGCGCGGCUAUUUCAAGAGAUCAAAAUAUGCGUUUUAAUAAAAGCGCAGAAACACAUUAAUGAAAUGAAGCGAGCCUAUAGAGUGUAAUGUUGCUUUGAAAAUCCUAUACACAGAACAGACAGAGGGUGAGGGUUUCUUUAGGAAGCACACAGUGAAUUGGACUCUUGGUGUCUUUCAGAUCAUCCGAUCAAAAGUAGUGCCUAUUUUGAUGGUCAUUCCGAUCUAUUUUCGUUUUAUUCAUUGUUUAGAGUUGUGGAUCUGUCAGAGUUGCUGUUUGUGAAUGCAGUAUCUUUAUCAAGUGUGCCUGUGAGCCAGAUCUGUGCUACAUUACUACCUACUGUUAUUCUGUACUCAGUGAAGCACUUUGUAAAUGGGCUAAAUUUGCCCAAAAAAAUUGGUUUGGCACAGAUUGGUUUACAAAUUCCAAAAAUACACUUUUUUCAGAGGGGGAUCACUUUCACUGAACAAAAAUACUGGCCUAUUAAGACACGGGAGAGGUGUGAUUAGUUCAGUACUGUACGUAAAGCCUCUGCCUCUGCAUUCAUUUCGAAGCAAACAAACAGGUUCAAAGCGUUCUCUAAUAGUAUGGCUGAGGGUUUGGGUGCCAGGCAACCGAGAAAAAAAAAGGCUGGCAAUCAGAAAUGGCAUCAUACAGGAAGUGGCAUCAUACAGGAAGUGAAUCAUGCCAGCCUGCUCACUCCACUGAGCAUAAUUCAUACUUUUUUUUUUUUUGUUAUCUCAAUAGAAAAUCAAAAUUUCAUGAGACUAUACACAUACAGUAUUUGUAAACUUGUGAAAACAUGUGAAGGUAACCUCAGUGUAUCAUGGAUAUAUCGUUUUGCUGCACUGUGAGUUUUGAACCUGUGGUUCAACUGUCAAUGUCAUCAAAACGGCACUGUCCAUUCUUUCUGAAAGCGUCAUGGAUCAAGUUCGCACGAGGUGAGGGCCCCUGUCAGUGUUGUACACGAUUUCGGAGGUGGUUUGAAUCCGUUCAAGCACAAGGGGGCUUGUAGGCGUUCUGCUGUUUGUUCAGAACUCUGUUUAAGAAUUCCUAAGCUCGGUUUUCCCAAGUGCUCCUGGAGUCAUAUCCUAAGUACAAUCAGUGUCUUUCAAAUUUUCCCCAUCCUCACUAAGAUUUCAGGCCAAUACAGCUAUCAAGGCCCAGGGCUACAGCAGAACAAAAAUGGCUCCUACAUUCGUAGAGCAUACAGUGUGUCACCAAGACAAUGACUUUGCUGUGAUGCACAGGAGGCCAGCAGGAUUCCCACUGGCUCUUUGGUGGCUCUGAACCCUGGUGAUGCACUUGAAUCGUCAUGCUUUCACACGGCAGCAAGACAGAGUGCAGGGCAGGGAUACCCAAACCUGGCCCUCGAGGCCAGCAGUACUGCUGGUUUUCUCUUCUGAUAGUCCGUAGUCCAAUAAUGCCACUGAUUGGUCAGAGAUCACACUCAUCCGGUGUCCCAGGGUUAAAUCAGUCCCUGAUUGGAGGGGAGGAAUGAAAACCAGAAGUACUGCUGGCACUGAGGACCAGAUUUGAAUAUUCCUGGUUUAGGGUAUAGAGUGCAGGUCAGGAAUAGGUUGCACAGUCACCCAGACAGAUGUGUAAGGUGAAGGUUUGAAUGUUUCCUCUCUCCUCUGGACGUUUACACUUUUUCUGUUACUUUGUUCAUUACUGUACGUGAACUGGGCCACCACGGAAAACCUUGGGAAGUGCACAUUUCGAUAGAGGUAGCAUAGCGCAAGCGGGUAUAACAAAAAAAACGUUUCUUUCCCAAAGUCUAGAACAUGACUUCCAUUGUUCAUUGUCCAAGCAGAGCUGAACGAGAAAUUUGCUUUAUGCAUUAUGCUCCAUCUUUAAAACACGACAUUAACAAAUUAAAAACUGCAAAGAAUAAAAAGGUGUAAAGAUAUGCCAUAUAUAUUGUAAUUACAAUGUUACACUGUACCAGUUCAAACUGUAAUAUGUGAAUUCUUAUUUUUUUGGUUUUUGAAAUGUAAUUUUUUUUUUUUUUUAAUUUAAAAAAUUUAAAUCAGUA